AUGGCUUCUUCUGAUUUGGCGCGUCUUCAACCGCGCACGCGCGCAGCCGGCCCCGAAAGCGUGCUCAUCAUCGGCGGCGGCGCCACGGGGCUCGUCACCCUGCGCAACCUCGCUGAAGAGCAGGGCCGUGACUCUGCCGGCAGCUACCCGCUCUUUUCCGCACUUCUGGUCGAGCGCCGUGACGAUGUCGGUGGGGUGUGGUACUGGUCCGACGAGACGUACAAUCUGGAACGCACGCUUGGGCCUGACCGCGUACAAGGCUUGUCGCCGCUCUUCGACCCUCGAGGCCGCCCACACUGGCCAUCACCUGCAUACCUCAACCUGAGGGGCAACGUCCUGCCCGAGUUCCUCGAAUUCUCAGGGAGGAAGAUGGAGCCUCCAUCGAACGGGGAGACGUUUCCGAGCCUGCAGGAGACGCACACCUACUUGCGGCAGUUCGCUCAGCCAUACAGGAACUUCAUCAGAUGCGGGGUAGAGGUGUUGCGCGUACAAGAGCUUCCCCAGGGCUCUGGCUGGGAGGUGACGCUCAAGCACUGGAGCACACCCGCAGUGGAAAGUGCGGCAGCGGUGUCCUUCACCCCUUCCGUCGAGACUCGCCGGUUCGACCGCGUCAUCGUCGCCGCUGGUUGGUACGACACACCCUUCUACCCGGACGCUCCCGGCAUGGACGAGGCCAGAAACGCAGGCCACGUACACCAUUGCAAGCACUAUCGCGACUCGAUGCCGUAUGUCGGCAAGAAGGUCGUCGUGGUGGGCAACAACAACUCGGCAAAUGAAGUGGCUGCUCAUCUGGCGCCGUUCAACUCGGUCGAGAACCCCGUGUAUCGGUCCGCAAAGACCAAGCCGGUGGACAAAUGCCCAAGUUUGCCGGAUGAGAGGAUCAAGGAUGUGGGCAUGAUCACGCACUACCACCUGCGCACCUCGUCUGGGAAAAGCAAGGUGGAUCUGACCCUGCUGGAUGGAAGCAUCAUCACCGACGUCGACUACAUCAUCCUCGGCACUGGGUACGGGCAGAAGUACCCGUGGUUGCACGUUCUCACUGACGCCGCCCGCACCAAUGGCUCCGGGGAAGUGGAUCUCCUCACGCCAGAAUGGUUGAGGGGAACCCGCGUACCGCACACGUACAACCACGCGCUGUACGCCAAGAACAUAUCCCUCGCCUUUGUCGGACUGGUGAUCUCGACCAUGCCGUUUUCGUUCAACGACCUGAUCAGCGCCUGGAUCGUCGCUGUGUGGAGCGGCAAGAUCCCCUUCCCCUCGUCCACCGCCUCGUUGCUCCAGUUCGAGACCGAUCGUCUGGAGUACAUCUACCAGUCCCGUCUCACGUCUGCCCGCACCGAAGAGGCAAGGUCGCGCAUCGACCCGAAGGACCCCCUCACCUACAUCGGCUACCACCUUCUUGGCGGGAGUCUGAAAGAAGGCCCCCCGAGCGAGCUGCACUUUGGCGCACAGCUGUAUGCCGAACUGGAGCAGGCCGAUCCGGAAAGGGUCAAGAUGUGGGACUGGAAAUGGGACGCGGAGCGGGAGGCAAAGCAAACAGGCAUGUAUAGGAGAAAGGCACAGUGGCUGGAGGAGAACAGGGAAAGGAUACGCAAUGAUCCGUUUGAUCUGUUGGGCAGUAAUAGAGAGAGGUAUGGACAUCUCGUGGGGGAGCUGGUCAGUGCGGAUUGGAGAAAAGGUGUGGAUGGGGAGAGGAUUAGGGCGAGGAUAUAG